AUGACCAACUAUCAGAUCCCACAAAACGCUUUACUCAAGAAUAAGUUCUUCUAUCAGUUCCUUAUGACUCACGACAGGGAAGUGGCGCGAGAGGUGCACAACGAGUACAUGGAGACCAUGAGUAAAGUCUACUUCUCGUACUUCAAGGAGUAUUUGCAUCGAUUGACAAAACUUCAGUUCGAAGACAUCCCCGAAAAGGACGACCUCAUGGGCAGUGAGGACACGGGCGCCAAAUCACGCACCUCUCUCUUCGCCAGCAAAUACACGCUUAAGAACCGGUCGACUGUCUUCUCGAUCGGCGACCGCGAGGCCAUACUUACCACUGACUUAGAGGCGCCUCUUAUUGUGCCGCACGUGGCCAUCAAGAGUGAGACCAAGUACUCGAUGGAGAGUCUGUUCCGAUCGCAUGAGUUCGCACUCGUGGACAACGCGUGUCGCGAAUACCUGUUUAUAUCGGAGUUCUUUAUGGCCAACAGAAACACGGCUCAAGAGUUGUUUACUCAGGUUUUGGGCAAAACCUUCGCACUGAUGACCAAACACAUUGAGGAUCAGUUUCAGUCCAGUUAUGACUCCAUUGCACUCUUCGUUUGCCUUCAUAUCAUUUAUCGGUACCGACUCUUAGCGCAUAAGAGAGCGGUUCCCACACUCGACACGUACUGGGAAUCGAUUGUCAAGAUCAUUUGGCCCCGAUUUGAGUACGUGUUUCAGCUGCACAUCCAGAGUAUAAGACUGUGCGACACCACUAAACUGACAAACUUUGACACCACUCGACCUCAUUAUAUCACCCGACGAUACGCCGAGUUUUCCGCUUCCGUUAUGAUUAUUAACGACACGUUUCCCGACGAAAGGGUUUCCGUUCUGUUGGGUUCUCUUCAGAACGAAGUGGAGAAUCUGAUCCUUAAGAUGGCGUCUCUCUUCCAUAACCCCAAAGAGCAGCUCAUCUUCAUUAUCAAUAACUAUGACAUGAUUUUGGGAGUACUUAUUGAACGCAAGAAAGAGGAUUCAAAAGAGUCUGAAAACAUCAAACAACAGCUCAAUAAACGCAUCCAAGACUUUGUCGAAGAGCUCUUGUGUCCACAUUUCGGUGCAAUGAUUGCGUUCGUAAAGGACUGCGAGUCUUAUGUCGACAAAAACGAUUUGGAAGCCCUUAAGCGCGAAGAGUCCAAAGUGACUCAUUUGAUCAAAUCAUUCAACACUGGAUGGCGUAAAGCACUCGAAGACAUCUCCCGCGAAGUCAUGAACUGUUUCACGAACUUUAAGAACGGGAAUAACAUCCAACAGUCGGCUCUGACACAAAUCAUCCAAUACUACCACCGGUUCAGUAAAAUUGUAUCACAAAAUCCGUUCAAAAACAAUCCGAUCCGAAGUGAACUCAUAAAUAUUCAUCAGUUGAUGGUUGAGGUGAAGAAGUAUAAGACUAACUUCUGA